AUGGUCCACAAUGAAAAUGUAACACAUUUCCUCAUCAAUUAUUUGCCGAAAACGUCUAACUCUCACUACUGGAUUGGAAUCAAAAAGAUUGAUGGUAAUUGGACUUGGGUUGCCAAUGGACAGAUUGCGGACUAUACAUCCUGGGCACCAAAGGAGCCCAACAAUGACAAGUCUAAUGAGAACUGUGUGGAGAUGUACACCAACAACAAAAACAGUGGCAAGUGGAAUGAUGAAGGUUGUGAAAAGAAAAAGCUUGCUUUAUGCCAAAAAGCCCAAUGUCUAAACAAUUCAUGCAGUUAUAGAGAAGACUGUUUUGAACAAGUCAACAACUUCACCUGCACCUGUAAGCCAGGUUUGUCCGGGCCGCUCUGUGAAACAGCUGUAUCAUGUGAGAAGCUAUCCACACCGCAGCAUGGCCAGAUGAAUUGUUCUGGUUUUUAUGGGAAUCAUUCCCUCAACUCAACCUGUACAUUUUCCUGUGCUGGUGGUUACAAACUGAGUGGCACAGCUGAGCUCAAAUGCAAUCUUUCAGGUGCAUGGAAUGCACCUCCACCUUCAUGUGCAGUGGAGUGUUACCCCCUCCUUUUGUUUGGUGGUGGCUUGAUGAACUGCUCCGAAGGGAAUGACACCUACAGAUCUACCUGUAGAGUUCAGUGUCCACCUGGUCAUCUGCUGCUGGGCUUUGCUGAGUUCUCCUGCAGAACUGAUGGCACAUGGGUGUUCUCCUUUCCGAUUAUGUCCAUAUCCUCUGGGCAUUUUUUGGAAGCUUUUGCCUAUCACUGUUCUGUUGCUGUCUAUUAUGCUGUUCCAAAUGCAGAAAGAGUAGGAAAGCAGUCAGAUCAAGGGACCAGAAAGCGCUUGGUCCCAGAGGCAGCGAUCUGGGCACCAAAUGAGCCCAACAACCAGGGAAUUGGAGGAGACUGUGUAGAGGUCUACAUCAAGAGAAAAAAGACACAGCCAUGUGGCAUGACGAGAAGUUGUGCCGAGGGCCAUGUGCUCAAUGGAGCAAGUGAGCUCAUCUGCACCUUCAACGGCUGGACGGAUUUUCUGCCCAGUUGUGUUGAAAAGGCCAACUCCUCUUCCAAAAUCAUUAGCAGUACUAGAAAAGUGAAGUGA